GUGACUGAACAUUGUAAAAACAUGGAGAGAGAAUAUCAGCAUGAACCUCUACGGUCUCCCUUGAUUCAAAUCACAGGUCAAGAACAAGAUGAAGUCAAAGUUGAUAAUGAUACACUGAAAAACAAUAAAAGUAUAGCAGUAAGAAGAGAAAUUUUUGAAGAAGUGGAGAAGCAGUUAUGGCUGGCAGGGCCUUUGAUAUCUGUGGGUCUGCUAAACUUUUGCAUACAGAUUAUAUCCGUAAUGUUUGUUGGUCACCUAGGCGAGUUGCCACUCUCUGGUGCUUCAAUGGCUACUUCUUUUUGUUCUGUCACUGGUGUUAGCUUACUGCUGGGAAUGGCAUGUGCCUUGGAUACCUUGUGUGGCCAGUCAUAUGGAGCUAAGCAACACCGCAUGUUAGGCAUACACACUCAGAGGGCCAUGCUACUUCUUAUGAUUGUAAGCAUACCCCUUGCAAUUAUUUGGGCAAACACAAGAACCAUUUUGAUUUUCCUUGGCCAAGAUCCUGAGAUAUCUGAAGAAGCUGGAAAAUAUGCUCAAUUAAUGAUUCCAAGCCUUUUUGCUUAUGGUCUUAUUCAGUGCCUAAACAGAUUCUUGCAAACCCAAAACAUUGUAUUUCCAAUGGUAUUUAGCUCUGCAGUUACUACAUUACUACAUCUUCUUGUUUGUUGGCUUAUGGUAUUCAAAUAUGGACUAGGAAGCAGAGGAGCUGCUAUAGCAAAUUCUACAUCUUAUUGGGUGAAUGUUUUGAUACUAACACUCUAUGUCAAGUUUUCUCCUUCGUGUGCAGCAACUUGGACAGGCUUUUCAAAAGAGGCACUGCAUAACAUUCCCUCUUUUCUAAGGCUUGCCAUUCCUUCAGCUGUAAUGGUUUGCUUGGAAAUGUGGUCAUUUGAAAUGAUGGUUCUCCUAUCUGGUCUUCUACCAAAUCCAAAGUUAGAAACAUCAGUGCUUUCUAUUUGCUUAAAUACAGCAUCAACUGUUUGGAUGAUCCCCUCUGGUUUCAGUGAAGCUAUCAGCAUUCGUGUGUCAAAUGAGCUUGGAGCUGGUCAUCCAUGGGCUGCACGUUUAGCUGUGUUUGUUGUUGUGGUAAUGACAGUUAUUGAAGGCAUUUUAGUUGGAACCGUGAUGAUACUAAUGCGGAAUAUUUGGGGCUAUGUAUAUAGUAAUGAAGUAGAAGUGGUCAAAUAUGUAGCAAUUAUGAUGCCACUUCUUGCAGCAUCCAAUUUUCUAGAUGGGAUCCAGGGUGUACUUUCAGGCACAGCUAGAGGUUGUGGUUGGCAGAAAAUUGGUGCCUUUAUCAAUCUAGGCUCUUAUUAUCUAUGUGGGAUUCCAUCAGCAAUUCUGUUUACUUUUGUAUUGUAUAUUGGAGGGAAGGGGCUAUGGCUAGGAAUCAUAUGUGAACUUAUUGUUCAAGUAUUAUCUCUAUUGGUCAUCACUCUACGUACUGAUUGGGAGCAAGAGGCAAAGAACGCCGCAGACAGAGUUUUUGAUUCAAUAACUUCAGAAAACAUAGUCUUCUAA